AUGCGUGUAUCCACAGUCUUGUCCCUAACGCUUCUAACAGCAACAUCAGCUACUACCAAUGCCUUUAGUAGCAACAGCAACGGUCGAGCCAUUCGCCCGCUGCAUCUGAGCGAUUAUGCCAUGGAGUCCUCCGUGGACUACAGUUUGCAACAACAACAACAACAACAACAACAACGCCGGGAAGAUCGCAUCACGCUAUUACCACCGCGACGGGAAAUGUCCAAAUUGGAAAUUGAAUUCCGGGACAUGCUGGAAGCAAUGAUUUUUACCGACAGUGACAUGACGGCGAUUACGGAUUCGAGACUCCGAGCACUCUACGAAGGCGUUGCUGCUAGUUACCACGAACCUUCUGUUUAUCGCGCCUUUGAAGUCUUGUACGAAGAUUUUGCGCCACUUCGAGUAGCUGGAAGAGUGGUUCAUCAAAAGUUGACGAGCAUCAUGAAGGAAAGUCUAGAAUACAAGAUCGCCCAAUUGGAAGCGGUGCAGAAAUUCAAAUCAUUCUCCUUUGACGAAAUCGAAUCAUUAUGGUCAGUGUUCACUCAAUUAACCAAUGGACGGGAAUUAUCCGUUGAAGAUGCGAAGAGAUGUCUUGGAACGGAAUUAGAUGAACUGAUAGACUCCAAAGGAUUGACCUUUGAGGGAUUGCUCUUUUUGUACAAAGACUUGCCGUAUGAAGCCAUUGUUGACAAGUUGCAAGCAGCUUUGCCCGCCGAAUCAACAACUACAAUAGACGAGUUGGAUGACAAGAGACGGAGAUACAGUCAACGAUACGACGAAAUGUUGGUUCAGUUUGCCGUGUGGAAAGACUUCAUUCCGGACGGUGAAGGCCGACGACUAGACAUUCUUCGAGGUUGCUUUGUUGGGUCGGAAAACCCAAAGGUGGUGGAAGCACUGAAAAUCAUUUACGUCGAUUACGCAGCCUUGAGAAUGUCGGGGAAUUGGAUUUUUAAGCUGGUAUCAGCGCUCAUGAGUCGGGCGACGAGGCAACAACAACAACAACCACAACAGCGGCAAGGAAGAUGGUUUAGAUAG